CUCUCUCCUUCCAGUGUCAGAGGAUGGUUGUUUAUCACUCGCGUUAACUAACUAACCCGUUUUUACGCUAGUUUGGGGCGCUUUGACGACAUUGAGCUUGCGGAUUCCAUGCGCGCCACUUUCGGCUUUUAUCGCCGUCAACCACACCGCGACUUGCACUCUUCACUCUCCAGCCCCCUUCUACGGCCAUCCUCUGCCAUUAUUACGGCUUGCAACCUCUAGUGUUUCUGAAGUCGCUCCUUGAAGACGCGGCCUGGGGGCUGCUGAAUUCAUUCAAUACCACAACUUCUGUGGCGCCCAUUCCGAUCCCUCCGCCAUGGGCCUUUCCAAGUCGAACAAGAUCCUUAUCCUGCUAGCCAUUGAUUCGGCGUUUUUCUUGCUGGAACUUGUAGUUGGUUAUGCCGUCCACUCUCUUGCCCUUGUGGCCGACUCCUUUCACAUGUUGAACGAUGUGAUAUCACUACUAGUGGGCUUAUGGGCUGUCAAGGUCGCCAACCAGAAGACCAACUCAAAGAUGUACACCUACGGAUGGCAGCGAGCCGAAACCCUAGGCGCCCUCAUUAAUGGCGUAUUCCUCGUCGCCCUCUGCCUCUCCAUCUUCCUCGAAGCCAUCCAGCGAUUCGUCGAGCCGCAGGAGGUCUCACAUCCAAAACUGGUCCUUUUCGUCGGUUGGUUCGGCCUGGCGUCCAAUAUCGUGGGGCUCUUCCUCUUUCACGAUCACGGACACAGCCACGGGCACAGCCACGGGGGCCAUUCGCAUGGACAUAGAGAUGGUAUCAAGGCUGCGGAGGAGGGCCAUGCUCAUGGUGUCGAUUCGGGCGAUCACACCAUUGCGGAUGAGAAUGGAAAUGUUGCGGAUGUGCUGCCUCAAAGCCGUGUCGGCAACUUCCCGUCCGGGAUCUCAAAUGGACCGGAGGAGCAGACCAAGUCUAAAGCGAAGGAUGUCUCGUGGAAUGUUUCGUCGCCUGCUGGCGACAGGACACCCCGCAAGUCGGCAUCUGGCAAGAGGAUCGCGAGGAAGCAUAAUCGAUCACGAUCAAGAGGAUAUUCGAGCUUGGAAGAGAUCUACGUUCAUCCAUCAUCUUUCAGGAAUGGGAUUAUUGAGGCUUCAAGAAUAGAGCAAGACAAUUCGGAAGAGCAAGACAAUUCGGAAGAGCAAGACAAUUCGGAAGAGCAAGACAAUUCGGAGUCGGAGACUGAUAACGAGAAUGCAGUGGUCGAGGAGAAUGGCGAAACCACUGAAUCCUCACCGUUGUUGCAGAAGGCAAAGUGCAAGAAUUUGGAAUAUCAAACCGCAUCUCCGAAAAUAUCUGGAUGUGACAACGACCACAAACACAGCCAACCCAAGGAAGAAAAGAAAGGCGGCGGCCACAGCCAUUCCCACGGAGACCUGAAUAUGCGUGGCGUCUUCCUGCACGUCAUGGGUGACGCUCUAGGUAACAUCGGUGUCAUCGGCACCGCGCUCUUCAUCUGGCUGACAGACUUCUCCUGGCGCUUCUAUUCCGAUCCCCUUGUUUCCCUCAUCAUCACAAUCAUCAUCCUCCUCUCAGCCAUCCCUCUCUGCAAAGCCGCGUCCCGCAUCCUCCUGCAAGCCGUUCCGGCAGGCCUCUCCAUCGACGACAUCAAAGACGAUAUCACAGACCUCGACGGCAUCAUCUCCUGCCACCACCUCCACGUAUGGCAGCUCUCGGACACAAAGCUCAUCGCAAGUUUACAUGUCGAAGUCGACUUCGACUUCAAAGGCGAAGGCUCAGCACGAUACAUGGACCUGGCCCGCGACAUUAGAAAAUGUCUGCAUGAAUAUGGUAUCCAUUCUUCGACUAUCCAACCAGAGUUUUGCCUCGAUUCUAAUCACGAUCAUUCGCGUGGCGGGAGUUCGGAUGAGAGUAGUUGCGAUGAGGAAAACGCGGAAGUGGGGCCUGGCACUGGCACUGGGACCGGGAGUCGGCGAAGUUCGGGCAGGAAUAGUAAAAAUGGGAGCGUGAGGAGUGGUAGUCAGUAUCAGCAUCAACAGCAAGGGCAGCAGGUGGAAGCGUGUUUGUUGGAAUGUGGCGACGAUUGUGGGGAUGGGAGACAGUGCUGUACGCCAGCAGCUCAGGGGUGUAGUAGUGCUGCUGCUGCUGCUGCUGCUGCUGCUGCUGUUGGUGGCAUUGGGAAGUAAAUUUGUGACGAUGGCCAAAACAAAGCUGUGGGCUUUUAUUCUUUCUUGGGAUUGGGUUACGGAAAUUGUAUUAUUAUAUUGUUGGCUGGAUAGGUUGGCUACCCAGCUGCCAAACACCCAGCCUUGCCAGGCGAGGCUAUGAUAUGCAAAAUCCUGCGCUCUUCGAAUUAUUAUCAAUG